UAGAAAUGUCAACUUUUUGCGAAAAAAAUUCGCCCUUUAUUAUAUAAUCAUUUUGUUUUUAACUUUUUAUGAGUUUUGAAUGCAUGUUUGGAAUGAAAUUCACUUUGAUUUAUAUUCAUUUCCAUUUGAAAUCUAUGCAUUUUGAAUCCAGGUUAACUCAAUUUAGUUUGAAAUCACUCAUUGGCUUUACCUCAUAACAUCCUUUUGAUUUUUUUUUUUUCUGUAUCUUUCAUGAGAAUUGUGAUUCAUUUACGGGUAGCAGGCUAUGUUAAUCUGUUUUGAUUGGAUUGGCUUAACUUUGAAGCUUACAGUUGUGUAUUGAAUUUAAUUGGAUUAUCUUGUUUUGUGGUGAUUUUAUGGAAUUCCUGAACCAAAUUGGUGUUUAAGACUUCUCUUUGAGUGUGCUUACUGUUUUUGAUGGAGACGUGCUAUUGCAUAUGGGUCUGGAGACACUGCCAUUCGUGCUGAAUUAAACUGAUUCAAACUUUCAGGAAUAUUUGAGAUGCUCUGUGUGCUAUACACAUAGAGGGUUUGCCAGGAGGCUAGGAUUUAUCAAGCAGGAUGCCGCGGAUCUCUGCUGCGGCUGGGGCUCACUUUUCAUCCGUUAAUUUACCAUUGAUAGACACAAAUGGAGAGGAACUCAGAGUGAGGGAAGUCCAGCUUGGUUCACAUACUGUGAGUUCUCAUGGAUACGCAGUUGCGAGAACACACAAGCAUGAUUGGCUCAUCCUCUUGCUCCUUGUGUUGAUUGUGGCCAUCCUGGACAUUAUCCAUCCUUUCUAUCGCUAUGUCGGGAAGGAUAUGAUGACUGACCUCAAAUAUCCACUCAAGAGUAAUACAGUUCCUGUUUGGGCGGUUCCUUUAUAUGCAGUUUUAUUGCCUAUGGUGAUCUUUCUUGUUGUCUAUAUCCGAAGGAGAGAUGUCUAUGAUCUUCACCAUGCCAUACUAGGUCUGUUAUUCUCCAUUUUGGUAACAGCAGUAAUCACUGACGCGAUAAAGGACGCAGUAGGUCGACCUCGACCAGACUUCUUUUGGCGAUGUUUCCCAGACGGAAAGGAUGUUUAUGAUACUUUGGGAAAUGUAGUAUGCCAUGGUGACAAGAACAUCAUAAAGGAAGGGCAUAAGAGCUUCCCAAGUGGCCAUACUUCAUGGUCAUUUGCUGGUCUAGGGUUCUUAUCAUUGUACUUAUCUGGGAAAAUAAAAGCAUUUGAUCGCGCAGGCCAUGUAGCGAAACUUUGCCUUGUUUUUCUACCUCUACUUUUUGCGUCGCUCGUUGGUAUUUCUCGAGUUGAUGAUUAUUGGCACCACUGGGAGGAUGUGUUUGCCGGAGGUCUUCUAGGGCUUAUAGUAGCUACAUUUUGCUAUUUGCAGUUUUUUCCCCCUCCUUAUCAUUCUGAAGGAUGGGGACCUUAUGCUUAUUUUAAGAUGUUGGAAGAAGCAGGAGGUGUGACACAAGCUCAUAGUGCUCAAAAUGUUGGUCAACAAGGCCAGUCAACAGAGUCUCAGGCUGAGAACAACCAUGGGUGUAUGGGUUUAACUUUAGCACGGAAUCAUAGCUCAACAUUCAAUGACAUUGAAUCUGGAACAAGAUAGAUUAACCACUUUGUAAAUCAGAUCCUACUAGUAACUACAUCCUAGAAUCUUACCACUUACACUAAUUCAGUUGUGCUGAAUCUUAAUUAGUUUUCUACUCGAUAGUCACUAGUAAUUACCUUGUAUUUCGUUAGAAACUUGAAGGGAACAAUUGUUUGAACCAAAUUGAUCAUUAAUUUAGUUAGCAAUAUAUGUUUCCUAUUUAUUUAGGCCAAAAUAAAUUUAUCAUUAAUACUA